CUGAGCAAGAGACUCAGCCCGCUAAAACGUCUUUUAGUUUAGAAGUGGAAGCUUGUAUCCAAUCACGUUCGACUAUGCUUUCCCGCAUGGACGUUGGAAAACAUUGAAAAAUACAAUGUCUUCCAACCUAAGCGUAACCACUGUUCAGUUAAGCUCCGUUCACCGGGCAGAGCGCGCCCCCGUGCAUCUUCUACCGUGCGAGGUUGAACACGACGGACCAGCGGAAGUGUCACAGUACUUCAACUCUGCGAUCAAAGACCGCAAACAUGAGAAGACAGUGUCCUUCAGGGGCAGAGGGUUGAAAGGUCAGGAGGUCAGCUGUCCGCAAGGAUAUACAGGCGUGGUCCUUCGAGAAACUAACAAACCUGGCUCAGACCAAGAGGACAGGACUGUGAAGGUGACCUCAGUGUUCCAUAACUUCACCUACUGGAACUUGGAGACUCCCCCAAACUCUGAUGAUGGUGUGGUCACAUCGAUGGUCUGGCCAGAGCUGGCGGAAGCAAUCCAUGGGUCGGUGGAUGACUGAGAUGGAUGACAACUCAUCAACAUGAAGAUCUACUCAGUUCCCUUUCUCCCAUUCUGCUUCCGUCCUGCUGGAUUACAACUAGCUUCUAUACCUGCAAUGUCCACUCCUGGACUAGCUGACUAGUCAAUUCUGGAAGAAUGUUUGCGUCAAAAUGUUAGCCACUGCAAUGCCUUGUUUGUGAAAGUGACUGAUUACUCUAAAGGUGGUUGACUGAUACUUGUAGCAUGUUUAGAUGUUAGAUGUUUCAGCUCAUUAAAAUUAACUUUUGUAUUGA